UUAAAUAAAAAUUCUGAAAUAUAACAAUUAUCUUUGUCAGUAGCGUGGUAUAUUAGCAUUUCUCUCCUAUCAUAAUACAUAUACAAUCUUCCUAUGGCUGAGUGUGAACUCCGGUAAAGUGAACAAUAUUGCGUCAUGAUAGGUAAUACAUACGACUGAUAUUCUAUCUUUAAAGUAUCAAAAAUGUAUGUCCAGUUUAUGGAACUUUCUUUCAAUAAUAACUUUUUAAUAAACAACGAACGGCAGAUCGACAUUUUUGCAUAUUGCUCAGAACUAUGUCUUUGACAACACGUUGUUGACUUUUUAGAGAGGUCACCUUACAUAAUAUAUUUACUUAGAUAAGAAACGCUGAUACAUAAAAUAUUACCUAAGAGCACAAGUUUACUUUUAAAGCAGACCUAACUGAUAUGCAUAUCAGACAAGUGAAAGAUAAAGACGUUUGUUGCAAGAUGUCUUCAUAGUCUUCAAGUAAGAUAUCCGUGCCGAAAUUCUCGCUUGUCCUUCCAGCUUUUUUAUCUUACCACCUCGUCAAGUGUGAAAUCACACAUGCGUUGAUUCGAAAUGUGAUGACCUAUUUCAUUUAUUCUAAAAAUCAUAUAUCGUCGACUAAAUACGUUGGUAUAAUUGAUACAUGUUUUAAUGCAGUCCAUAAUAAUGUCGGAGAAAUAAUUACUCUCAAAUGUGUGAUAAUAAUCUCAAAAUCCAAAAAUCUUUCUAAAAUCAUAUAUAUUAAAAAACAAUACUUUCUUCAUUUCGGUUAUUUUUGCUUCGUUUAUAAAAGAAUAUGUGUAUAUAUUUGCAAUUAUAUAUAUAUAUAUAUAUGUAAAAUGCACGUUCCGACAUUAUAGAUCAUCGCGGAGUGCUUCUCAUAAAAUAAUAUUGCAUUUUUUAUGUCGUAACGUAGGACAUAAAGGCUAUAAGGAGGACGAAAGAAGUUUUAAGAGUCAUUAUUUUAAUCAACAUGAUUGUCGCCUUACUGCUAACAUGUCUCUUUCUUGCGCUCUUAUAUCAUUACAUUAUACACCUUGGAAGAAACGAACGACUUAUUGAUCGUAUACCAGGACCAAUGGCACUUCCUAUUUUAGGCAAUUUACAAACUUGGAACGCCUCGCCAGAGGAAAUGUGGUAUUAUUUCCGGAGUUUAAUGAGCACAUAUCCACUUUUGAAAUAUUGGAUUUUCGGCAUACCCAACAUUUUCAUUUGCACUCCAGAUCAUAUGGAAAAAAUACUAAACAGCACGAAACAUAUCGUGAAAGGCUACGAAUACAAACUUUUGAAAUCUUGGUUAGGCGAAGGACUUCUUAUUAGCAAAGGAAUGAAAUGGCAAAAAAGGCGGAAGAUAUUAACGCCCGCAUUUCACUUUUCUAUAUUAAAACAAUUCGUUGAGAUCUUGAUCGAGGAGGGCAAUCGUGCGGCUGAAUCAUUGAAGAAUACAGAGGAAUCAGUUAUCGACGACUUGCUACAUUUUACCAGUCAUCAUACAUUAAACGCUAUAUGUGAAACUUCCAUGGGCAUUUCAUUGCAAGAUGCACGUUCUUCUCAUGAAGAAUAUCGUCAUACGGUUCAUGAUAUGGGCAAAUUUGUGAUCAAAAGACUUUUCAGACCAUGGCUUAUUAAUGACACACUAUUCAAUUUAACGUCAAUGGGUAGGACACAUAAUAAAUAUCUCAACAUCUUGCACUCAUUCACCAGGAAAAUUAUCGCAGAAAGAAAGCUUUAUCACGAACAAACUGAAUGGCGAUAUUUGAAACACUUUGAAAACGACACAGGAAUGGAUGACGAGGAAGUAAUAGGGAUUAAAAAGAAACGAAUGGCCAUGUUGGAUAUUUUAAUAGCGGAAUCUCGCAACCAUGGCCUAAGUGAUUCAGAUAUCAGAGAAGAAGUCGAUACCUUUGUGUUCGAGGGUCAUGAUACGGUAGCAAUAGCAUCAUGUUUCACUUUACAACUGUUAGCUGAGCAUAAAGACAUCCAGGAUCGUGUAAGAAAAGAAAUUUCUAACGUGAUGCAGGAAAAUAAUGGAAAGCUUACUAUGAAGGCAUUACAGAGUAUGCCAUACUUGGAGAUGUGUUUGAAAGAGUCGAUGAGAAUGUAUCCUAGCGUCCCUUUUAUAUCGCGUGAAUGUUCCGAAGAUGUAAAGUUAUAUCCAUAUUUGGUGCCAAAAGGCACAACGGUACAUCUCCUUAUCUAUGAUCUUCAUCAUGAUGCUAAGAUUUGGCCGGAUCCGGAGGUAUUUAAUCCAGAGAGAUUCUUACCAGAGAAUAUAAAGAAUCGUCAUCCUUAUUCCUAUUUACCAUUCAGCGCGGGACCACGAAAUUGCAUUGGUCAACGAUUCGCUCUGUUGGAGUUAAAAGCUCUGAUAGCUCCUGUGGUGUACAAGUUCUACUUAGAGCCCAUUGAUUAUUUGAAAGAUGUCUCAAUGAAAUUGGAUAUUGUACUGCGUGCUUCACGUCCGAUUCGCAUGAAAAUCAUUCCAAACACACGCGUGUAGUCAUCUAAUAUGAAUACUGAUUGGAUUUUAUAAAGGAUCUUUCAUUAAAAAGUUUCAUUUAAAUUUAGCGACGUUUUUUAAUUGUCAGAAAUGGAGCUGCCAUAUUUGUCACCUGUCAAGUAAAAACUAUGCGGGUAAUAACAAUGGAACGAUAUUCGCUUGAGCAAUGUAUGAAAAUAGAAGUUACUACAAACAUGAUACAAAUUUUGCGGGGAUAGUUUGCAAAAUUCAUACCAGUUUCGGUCGCAGAGGAAAACGCAUUUUCGUACAGUAAUUGUAUAUUUAAUUGAUAAAUUUUAACAUCACGGUCAGAAUAGUGAAGAACCUAAUCCGUGCUCACCUAGCCAGAUCAACUGAAAACAUUGCUGCGAUGGCUGAAAGUGUUGCGGAAAAUCCAGGUGUAUAUUGCAAGAUGUUCGCAGCAAUUGGGCAUUUCAAACCAGCCUGUACCGUAUUUUGCACAAAGAUGUAGAAAGAUUUCAGCAGGAUGUGGCUACGUACCAUAAGCCGUGAAAUGAUCGCGUUAUUACGUGAGAAGUUUCGAGUUCGUGUCAUUUCGCUUAACGGAGACUUCAACUGGCCUAGAUCGUGCGAUUUGACACCGCUGGGCUUUUUAUUUUAGAAUUUUGUGAAGGAUAAAAUUUACACAAAUGCUCCGCAAACGAUUCAAGGGCUCAAAGGCAAUAUGCGACUUGUUUUUGGCGGAAUUGAACCUCAAUUGUGCGAAAACAUGAUGGAAAAUUUCCUCAAAAGAAUGAACAUUUGCGAGAAAAGUCGAGACGGUCAUUUGGCUGAUGUGGUGUUCCACGUUUAAUCGCACAAUCUGUAUUUUCGGUUAAAAUAAAAAUAUCACUGAUUUUUCAAAAACAA